GGUACACUUCUUGUGUCGGGUGUCCAGUAGCAAACGCGGCACCCGCGUUGCGCUGCCUCUGCUCACGUGCUGGCCCCCGGCAGAUGGGUGUGUGUGCUACCAGCUGCGUGGGCUCUGUUGGCAAGAGCGGCUGCGACGUCCCACUCUUCCAGGAGUGCAUCACACCGGAUGAGGUCGUCAUCAACACGGAGGACGCCGUGCGCCGGCUUCGGAGCCGGGCCAGCGGGUCUUCCGCCCUGCCCGAGGAGUUCCAGACGGAGUCGGGGCAGCGGUGCCACUUGGGGCUGUGCUCACUAGGGGCCGUGGUCAAAAGCCUGCACGUGCCGAGCAACUCGUUGUGCAGUCUAAAACGCAUCAGCAAGAAGAUGCUGGCGGGCACUGAGUGGAGACGCGAUGUGGAGGCGAUCCAGGACUUCAACCACCCGCGGAUUUGCAAGACCUUGGACGCUUUUGAGGAUUCCACGAGCGUGUACUUGGUGAUGGAGCUGUGCAGGGGCGGCAACCUCGCAAGCUUGGCACACAUGGGCAGUGGAGUCUUUACGGAAGCCCACGUUGCCGUGCUGGUGCUGCAGAUGGUGGAGGCCGUGUCAUAUCUUCACGGCCUGGGCUACGUGCACUGCGACAUUUGCCCAGAGAAUUGGCUCUUCGAGCAACCUCUGGAGACUUCGAGCUCUUUGGCGGCCCUGUCUUUGAAGAUGAUCGACUUUGGUUUUACGCAGAAGCACUCGAGAGACCCGCCUCGGAAGCCGUCCCGCUAUAGCUACCACACGGUAGCAGUGCCGGAGCGGCGGAUUUCCCGGCUGAUCACCGACGGGUCUUCUCCCGGACGCCGGCGCCAGAGCGUCACCGGGCUGAGCCUCACGGUGCCCCGCGAGCAGAAACUCGCGGAGACGCCCAACGCGCGGCUCUUCUGCCAGGCGCCGGAGCAGCUGAAGAGCACCAGCCCGGAUGCCUCCAUGGACGUGUGGGCGCUGGGUGUGAUCGCCUACUUCCUGCUUCUGGGUAGAUCGCCCUUUGAGCCUUCCAGAGGAGUCACGGACCCCUCGAACAACACGGCCUUCCGGAACGGCCGCUAUGUCUUCAUGCCCACGGAGGUGUGGCGGCAGAUUUCCAAUGAGGCCAAGAGCUUUAUCGCGCUCUGCCUGGAGCUGACGCCCGCCCAAAGGCCUUCGGCCAAGAUGCUGUCCGCGAUGCCGUGGAUGCGCAUGGCGCGCAGUGCUUUAGGGGGCGAGCGUAGUGUGCCAAAGAAUUUGCAGACGGAGGUUGACAAAGUCAACGAGGAGAAGGAGGCAAUACCUGCACUCUCGAACGUGGAAUCGCUGCCAGCAUCGGCGCCGCGGCGAAGUCUCAGCUUCACGUCCACGCUGCCAACGGCGGAGCUGCAGCGAUCCAAGCUGCUGCGCCUUGCCGAGUACCAUGCCUUUGAGCGUGAUAUGGUGCUCGCCGUGGCACAUGAGGUCCACGCGACGCUGUUGCAGCAGCUUGGCACUUCCCUCCAGGAGCAGGACCUUGAUCGUAGCGGCGUCUUGCCGUGGUCCACCGUGCUGAGAGUAGCAAGGCAGUGGGCAGACCUCAGCUUGAAAGACUUGGAGGUGCCCGACAAUUUCGGCAUUGUCAACUACAAUGACUUCUUGACAGAUGUCGAGACAUUUCAGAGAAACAUGCAGGAGUCUGCCAUGUGGUUUGCCUUCUCCACCUUUGACCUCCGGUGCAGAGGCGAGGCGGAGAAGCGGGCGCUGCUCCGCGAGCUAGGUGACGACUUGUCGUACAUCUACGAGUGCGUGCGAGCCAGCUUUCCCAACGCUGACCUUGACACUAUGCUCCAGCAGCUUGAGCAGGUGCCGACCAGCAUGGUCAGCUUUGAGGAGCUGCUCGGCAUCCUGCGCCGGGCGCCGGAAGCUGCGAGUAAGCAGCCCAAAGACAGCAAGCUGCACGCGCGCUUUUGAGAGAGAGGCAAUGGUUGCAAUUACCCACGUGAGCAGUGCCCAAUAUCCGAGCAGUGCC